UUUUAGUUUUUUUAUCAUGACAAAAACAAAAACAGUUUUGUCCUCUGUGAAAUCAUACCAAGGUUGCAAUUUUUUUAGGCAACGUUUAACAUUAGCUACUUUAUCUGGUAUAGCUGUCCGUAUAACCGAUAUUCGAGUAAAUUCGGAUGAACCUGGUAUUAAAGAGUUUGAAGCAAGUUUUUUGCGACUUCUUGAUAAACUGACAAAUGGGUCAAAAAUUGAAGUGAGUGAAAGCGGUACCAGUAUUUUAUACAUUCCCGGACUACUUAUUGGGGGAGAUUUUGAUCAUGAAUGUAGUGUCGAACGUUCCAUUGGUUAUUUUUUAGAAGGAAUCCUGCCAUUAGCUCCAUUUUGCAAAAACCCUCUAAACAUAAUUUUAAAGGGUGUCACCAACGACAAAAAUGAUAUUUCAGUGGACAAUAUAAAAUUUGUUACAUUAGCGCUUAUGAAAAAGUUUGGCUUAGACGAAGGUUUGGAGUUAAAUAUCCGAAAACGCGGUGCAAAGCCAGAAGGUGGAGGAGAAAUUCAGUUUAAAUGCCCUGUUCGUCGAAAAUUGCAACCGCUCCUUUUUGUUGAUCAAGGAAAAUUUAAACGAAUACGAGGUACUGCGUACUGUAUGAAAGUGGCACCUGCUUUUGUCAAUCGUUUAGUCGAUUCAUCUCGCAGUGUCCUUAAUAAGUUUCUACCUGAUAUUUACAUAUACACUGAUCACGCUAAAGGUAUUCAUUCAGGUAAUUCUCCUGGAUUUGGAAUUUCAUUAAUGGUUGAAUCAACAACUGGUGUAAUGCUAUGUGUCGAUGCUUGUUCAAACGAGAAAGGAAAAGAAGAUGCUGUUACACCAGAAGAUCUUGGAAAAGCUGCUGCUUUUGAUUUGCUACAAGAAGUUUAUGCCGGAGGAUGCGUCGACUCGCGACAUCAAAGCUUAGCAUUAGUUUAUAUGGCUCUUGGUCAAAUGGACGUUUCCAAAAUUAUGCUAGGUUGUCUAACACCAUACACUGUACAAUUUUUGCGUCAUAUGAAAGACUUUUUUAAUAUUAUGUAUAAAAUUGAUCCUUUACGAUGUGAAACGGAAGAAUCUAGGGGUUCUACUGAAAAGUAUAUUAUAUCAUGUAUGGGUGUUGGGUAUACUAACUUAAAUAAAACUUCUUUAUAAUUUUGAUCCUAAAUAUAACUAGGUUGAAUG